UGUAAUUCCCCUUAAAUGCGUCUCAUCUUGCCUCUAGUGCUAGUCCUAAAAUGAGGAUAAGAAGUAUCCGACCCUCUUCAACAGCGAUCUUUCUUGUUUCGCAUCGCUUGUGUCCACAUUCCGCGUAAAAACAAAUCCGCGACUGAUUUUUUUGCCUUUAUCUCAUAAAAAAUCUUUAUCAUAUUCUACAUGAACAUGUACUUAACCUUCGUAACUUUUUAGACGUCUGCGCGAGGUCGUGAAGGUAUGUUGUCUGCACCCGGUGGGCCGCCUACGUCUACUUCCGCUUCGUCGUCCUCCUCGCGGAUCGUCGACGAGGAAGUUUUGGAACGACGGAUCAAGGAAUUGGAUCGGCGUGAAACCGUUGCCCGAAACGCGCUAAACCAGAAGUGGGAGCGCAACCAGCCAGCGUUGGAACGCAUUGCAACCACAGAGUUGGCAUUCUGCAGAGACGUGCUCGCCCGAGGGAAUGGCGGUGCGUCGGAGCUGCUGCUCGCUCAAAUCCAGCAGGCGGAGACCGCUAAUCAGGCCUGUGUGCGAUUGCGGGAACGAGUCGCCCUCCAGAAGCACGCACGCGAGACGCUCUCGAAAUUAACGCGGUUGGAGCAUCUUGUGUCUACGCGACAGACCGAAAAAGCUACGGAUUACGGGUAGGGUUCAUACUUUUAUUGAAUCUUUUUGUAUACCUAUACGCUAAGUGCUACGUUGGUAAUAUCUUUUUCCCCUUUCCGACGCACUCUCACGACACUGAGGUUUUUCUUGUCAGAAUAAGGCGAUAAUCUUCACAGAACGGAAGUAGAGUAGUUUUAGCUUGUUCUUAGACGAGUCUUCUCUUCACGUAAUGCUAGUACUUGCAGGUUCCUCGUCUUUCUGAUGGAGAGUCUCCAGGCCGUUUCGUCCGGCGCCCUGGUCCCUUCGAGUUGCAGAAAGUUAGCAUUGCCGUCUCGCAUCGCGGCCAAGAUCGAGCAGUGCGCGGUUGCCGAGCUGGCGCACAUGGAGCGGUGGUUCUCCUCCUUGCUGUUGACAAGCAACUCGGAGCUACGUGUGCGGUACGUCGACGGAGACGAUGAAACCAAUCCCGCCGGUGGCGCGCACUCUGUCUGCAUGCGAAGAUUCUGGGCGUCGCUCGACCGUUUUCCGGACCUCUUGGAGCGCCGAGUCGAGAGCAUUUCCAGAAGAAUUAUUUCCUUUUUGCGGCACAACUUUCCCGCCAGCAACAAAUCCACCAGCCAUUCGGUGUCGACACGUACAGAGCAGCACAUUGACCCAGAAACAGGGGCCCAAAUGCGUUAUUGUGUAUGGCAGGUGGCUGAGGCGAGACCAGGCGACGCCGGCGUCGAGGGGACGAAGCCAGUCGAAUUUUUGGACGCCGGUGGCGCGCUGGUCGCCUGUUUGCUGUUUCUGCACCGAAAGCUGUCACUCAGUCCGGACAUCGGGGGUAACCGGAUUUGGUCUGCGACCGCCCAGGGACUCAUGGGCUCGGCCGCCUCCCCCCGUCGCAGUCUGGAUCUCCGGCGAGGGCGGUCGAAAGACGAAGACGUCGACCAUGAUAGGAUGUUCGAGGCGGAUGACGGUUUUUCACUGCAAGAAGACACGACAAGCUCAUUUUCCAGUGCGACGGUCGAGACUCUGGAAACGCGCACGCGGGACGCCGGGUUGCACUCGCUCGCGGUCGUGGGCGAUUUGCUUCUGCGGCACCAGCACGAGCAAACGCAGCAACGGAUUGGCACCCUGCUCGAGCAGGGCCGGCGGUUGUUGUUCGCAGCGAGCCCGCAAUCUUCCAAGCUGCAGCCACUGGGGGCAACCAAUAGUGAUCGCGCCGACGGCAAUAAAGACGAGCAAGAAACAGCGGAAUUCUGGCGCCUUCUGCGAGCCGUUCUCGAGGCCGGGGGCCCGCUGAAUGAGGAGGCAACAACUGCGUCCGGAUCGGAGAGUUUGGCGGCGGCGGAAGACCUUGUUAGUCUCUUCCUCCUGGUCAGGAGUACGCAGCGAGGUGAUCUCAGCCGCGACACCCCGGCCUGCCUGAGUUUUUUCCACAGUUGCAACGUGCUGUCGGAGUACCUGACUACUUUCGGGAUGCGUAGAACGUCCGCAGCCGCGGCGACCACACUGUUGCGCCUCGCCCUGCAGCUGCGCCAGAGCGCGGAGGAUCGCCUGCGGGAAAGGAUUCUCGUCGUGCGCGGCAGCAUGGCUAGCCGCCUCGCGCUGGUGGAAAGUGCGGACAACGUCAAUGCGGUGAGUACAGCCAUGGGCGAGGCGAUUCAAUUUGUCAAGGACCUGCUCACAGCCAUGGACCAAAUCAACAAAUACCUGGACACACACUCGGUCCGACGCUUUCUGGCUGAGGAAUACGUCAAAGAGUUUUCCACGUACUUCAACCGUUUCAAGAAGAGCACACGGGAUGAGAAGAUCCUAGAAGCCCUGCUGCACUUGCAGAGCCUCGGGAUUGUGGAAGCCGAUUUGCUUCAAUUCCAGACCUUCUUCACAGAACAAGCACGGCUCAUUGGGAACUAGUGGACGACUGAAAUUUCGCUGUGAUUCUGACACGAAACAAGGUGUAAAAUUAUCACACGUUGUCAACACUAGUGAUACUAGUGCCAAAACAAGAUCGCAUUCAUUGGAGCGGCGCUCAGUGCUCUUGCGCGAGGGCGAGCGUAUCGGACUCCGUCGUGUUCCAUGCUACUCGGUCGCUUCUUG